AGUUUCUAAGGCAGGUAGCGCCCAACCCUAAUAAUUCAUUCCCACACACACACGGGUUUUAUCAUAGCUAACUGGUUUUUCUUUUUGAAGUCUGCCCCCAUCUUAUCUCCAUCUCCCUAGUACUCAUUUGGAGAAAUCAAGCCGUUAUCAGUUGCUUAGGAAACGCACAGCGCUGUACCUGGAACCUGAUAGCAGCUAGUGUUGUGUUUUAUAAAUUAGCUCCCGUAUCCCUGUAAGGGAUUAAACUUGGCGUUCUUUAGAGACUGGAGCAAGUUCUUUAAAAGCUGCAGAGCUGUUGAUUGGCAGGAUUAAAGUACGUCUUGGAGUCUGGGUUUUCAGAACUGAAAAGGACCUUAAGUAAAAUCGAGUCCAUCCGUCUCGUUUCACAGAAGACACCGGACCUGGCAUAGUGCUCAUCAAGAUUCUGCACCUUUCAUAGUCAGGCUUUAGGGCUGCAGACAAUUUUGCUAUUGAACUUGCCUUUGUGCCCUGGGGGCAGUGCCUGCUCUUACACUUGGAUUGCAGGACUUCUCAGAGCCACAAUGGAUACUGCUAGCCAUAGCCUUGUCCUUCUGCAGCAGCUGAACAUGCAACGAGAAUUUGGUUUUCUGUGUGAUUGCACAGUUGCAAUUGGAGAUGUUUACUUCAAAGCCCACAGAGCGGUACUUGCUGCUUUUUCCAACUAUUUCAAGAUGAUAUUUAUUCACCAAACAAGUGAAUGCAUAAAAAUACAGCCAACUGACAUCCAGCCCGAUAUAUUCAGCUACUUGUUGCAUAUUAUGUACACAGGAAAAGGGCCAAAACAGAUUGUGGAUCAUAGUCGUUUGGAGGAAGGGAUCCGAUUUCUCCAUGCUGACUACCUUUCCCACAUUGCAACUGAAAUGAAUCAAGUAUUCUCACCAGAGACUGUACAGACCUCAAAUCUCUAUGGUAUACAGAUUUCAACAACCCAGAAAGCAGCUGUCAAACAAGGGCUGGAGUUCAAAGAAACUCCUCCCAGUAGCAGUGGAAACCGAGCUGCUGUCCAAGGUGACCACCCCCAGCUGCAGCUCUCUCUUGCAAUUGGGCUAGAUGAUGGAAGUGCCGAGCAGCAGAGGGCCCAUCCUGCGGCCCAGGCUGUGGAGGAGCACCAGAAGCCCCCAGUGUCCAUCAAACAGGAGAGAUGUGAUCCAGAGACUGUGAUCUCCCAAGGCCACGCCUCGUCCUCUUCAGAAGUGACCGGUCCCUCUUUUACAGAAAACAAUAUCAGGGUCCACUUAUGCCAUUACUGUGGGGAGCGUUUCGAAUCCCGCAGUAGCCUGAGGCAGCACCUGCACACCCAUGUGUCUGGAUCUCUCCCGUUUGGUGUUCCUGCGUCCAUUUUGGAAAGUAACGACCUUGGUGAAGUACAUCCUCUGGGCGACAGCAGUGAGGCUCUUGAAUGCCGGAGGCUUAGCUCCUUCCUCGUCAAGGAGAACGAGCAGCAGCCGCCGCCGCCUGAGCACUCGAGCCGUGGCCCCGCAGAGCCUUUACAGAUCAGUCAAGUGUCUUUGAUCUCCAAAGACACAGAGCCAGUAGAAUUAAACUGCAAUUUUUCUUUUUCAAGAAAAAGAAAAAUCAGUUGUACUAUCUGUGGCCAUAAAUUUCUUCGAAAGAGCCAGUUACUGGAACACAUGUAUACACACAAAGGUAAAUCUUACAGAUACAACAGAUGCCAAAGGUUUGGAAACUCAUUGGCCCAGAGGUUUCAGCAGUAUUGUGACAGCUGGUCCGAUGUCCCCGUGAAAAGUUCUCGCUUGUCACAAGAACAUUUAGACUUGCCUUGUGCCUUAGAGUCAGAACUCACACAAGGAAGUGUGGAUACCAUCCUUGUCGAGUAGUAGCUUCUCCUUUAGAAUUUUUAUACCAAUCUUGAAAAAGAUUCAUGCACCAUUUUUAAUUCAUAAAGUAUUUACCUCCUCGUGGUCUGUUGACUUAAAAUAAUCUGUCCCUGGUUUUGAGCUUGUUCAUACAAGUUCUUAUUAUAAGACAUGGCUAUUAAAUGUAACUUUCCAAUUAUCCUAUGAGCUUUUUUUAUAAAUUAAAUCAUAAUUUGAAAAACGGAAA